AUGACCACCGUAGUCCGGAGCAGGUUAAGUAAGGGUCCCCAUAUCCCAAGACUUGUUAUCGCUGACAUCCCCAGCUACCACUUCUGGGGCUCCAACAUUGGCGGCAGACGCCCCGUUGUCGACUAUGACCACCUUAUGGCCUCGGAGGACGAGUCCGGGGUCGCAAAGUUGACGAAUCUCAUCCGAGAAUAUGGAUUCGCCUUCGUCGACGGGACCCCCUACGAAACCCCUGAGCCGACGCAGCGCGUGUUGGAAAGGAUUGCCUUCAUCCGCGAGACGCACUACGGCGGAUUCUACGACUUCAUCCCCGACCUUGCCAUGGCCGACACGGCGUACACCAACAUCGCCCUCCCAGCCCACACAGAUACGACCUACUUCACGGACCCGGCCGGCUUGCAGGCCUUCCACAUGCUCUCGCACGAGGCCCCGCCGGGACAGGAACUGCCCAAGGACGGCAAACUAGGGGGAGAGUCGCUACUGGUUGACGCCUUCCAUGCGGCCCGGAUCUUGCAGAAGGAGGACCCCAAGGCGUAUGAGAUUCUCUCAAAGGUACGCUUGCCAUGGCACGCGAGCGGCAACAAGGGCAUCACGAUAUCCCCGGACAAGCGGUACCCCGUGCUCGAGGUGGACGAGGAGACGGGCGAGCUGCAACGGGUGCGGUGGAACAAUGACGACCGGGGCGUCGUGCCCUUCACCAAGGAUGUUUCGCCAACAGAGUGGUACGCGGCAGCUCGCAAGUGGGAUGCCAUCCUUCGGAGGCAUGAUGUCGAGUAUUGGGUGCAGCUGAAACCCGGCCAGGUUUUGAUCUUUGACAAUUGGCGAGUGAUGCACGGUCGAAGUGCAUUCGAAGGGAGAAGACGCAUCGCCGGCGCCUACAUCAACCGAGAUGACUACAUCUCGCGCUGGAGAAACACCAACUUCCCCCGCGAGCACGUCCUGAACCAGGUUGUCGGAUGA